UGCCAUGGCGAACUCAAAGCUCCUUCUUCGGGAGCUGAAGACAGUAAAAGCUGAACUAGCCUUUGCCAAUCAACUAUGUUCCCAGCUGGAGGAGGAAGAUAAGGUUCUGCAGGAGUGUUAUAAUAGAGGAGACAUCCCAGAAGAUGAUGCAUCGAUGUUCUUUCAAUCUCAUCUUGACCUUUAUAAUGAUCCGAUACGACUUCAACUCAAAUCAUUACUAACUGAGAAGACUCGGUUGGCUCAUGAGAACUCGGCAUACACCCGGGAAAAAUCGAUUUCUACAAGAGGUAGUUGAAUAUCAUCAGUUCACAAUGCAGGAUGUUGUCUACUCGGAUGAGAAUAUCGAGGAAGUAACCGACCACCUGAAUUCAUUUAGAUUUUCCCCACUCCUCCAAACUCGAAAGCCAGGGAUCUCAAAUGACACAAUCAUUGUUCUGUUCUAUUCAAGUUGCAAUUCAGACAAUUUGUUCAACAGAGGAACCAGAGAGCCACUGAGGUGCAGUGACAUGACUUCAUUGGUCGAGCCAAUGAGUUUACCGCUGAUGAAGACGGCAGGGACAGGCGUGGAACACCCGAUCCUCAUCAGGGCCUUCUCGAUUUCCCGGCAAUCAGGCUCCUUGUCUAUCUCAUGGAUCGUUGGAUGAACCCCGAGAUCUUGGAACAGGACUUGGACCGCAUAGGACAGACAACACGAGCUCUUGCUGAAGAUAACCACCCCUUUCUCUGACGACAUCCUCAUCACCUUGUCCAUUUCUCGCAGAAAGAAGUAAAGCUAGAAGUGGUUCUUCUUCUGUCUUUAUAUGGAUUAGCAGCAGAGCAUUAGAACCGAGAACCCAUGAAAGCAAACCUGGGUUUGAACCUAACCAAACCGAGGUUUCGAGUUUCGGGUAGGUGGGUUAUAUUGCAAAUGAGCUCGAUGCUGUAUGGGACAACAAUGGCUCGAAAUCCGGGAUAUUUAUAAGCAGAAGAAGGAAGAGCAAGAAUCCUCUGUCUGAGAGAGAGAGAGGUUAUGAAAGUUGAAGAACUUUCAAUAGGUUCCAAGUUCAGUAAAGCAGCUUUACUACAAGCGAAAUAAUUCGUUCGGACCGAAUCCUCUGCCUUUCUCCGUGCUGUCAGGACCAACAAAAUUUGCUUAUUGGUAUUGCCUUUUUUUUCCCCAGUGAGAUGCCGAGAUUAGCAGCAUUUUGAUGGAUGGAGCAUAUGGUUCAAGGGUCGGUCCAUUAGUCUUGCAGAUUCUGCUUUUCGGCUUAUUGCAGAAGAUAAAGGCAUUAUGGAUGAAUAUCGUUGGUUGAUGAAUAUAUGGACCAUCUUCUGCAGAUGCCAUAAGCAUAUUGGACCUGUAAAAAGAUGGAUACAGGUAUUUGUGCCCGUAAUCUCUGUUGGACCAUACUGUAACAAAAACCCUACUUACAGCGUGGUUUUCUUUUAUGCACCUCUUUUGAUCCUUAA